CCUUUGCGAAGAGCUCACCGAGAGGAGGGCGCAGGCGACAGCACAGCGGUCUGCGAGGGGACCCAGAAGCCAGUGGACGCGGGCCACCCGGGAGCCCAGCCAGUCAGCCCCCUCUGGGAGGCGGGAAAACUGCAAGCCGCGCCCACCGCCCUGCCCCCAGCGCGCCACUCCCGGCUGCUGGGACUCUGCUCAGACUCCUGGGAUCCGCUUGGAGGGAACCCAACGCCUAGACACCAUGGAGACGGUGCUGAUCCUCUGCAGCUUGCUGGCCCCUGUGGUCCUGGCUAGUGCAGCUGAGAAGGAGAAAGAAAAGGAUCCUUUCUAUUAUGACUAUCAGACCCUGAGGAUUGGGGGAUUGGUGUUUGCUGUGGUCCUCUUCUCUGUUGGGAUACUUCUCAUCCUAAGUCGCAGGUGCAAGUGCAGUUUCAAUCAGAAACCCAGGGCUCCAGGUGAUGAAGAGGCCCAGGUGGAGAACCUUAUCACCACAAACGCUGCGGAGCCCCAGAAGGCAGAGAACUGAAGGGCAGCCUCCAGCAUGAAGCCUCCAGAAGCCAAGGCCAGCUACCCGACACUUUAGAGGCUGAUGUCGAGGCUUGAGAAAACCGGCUACUUCAUACCAGACCUUUCCCUAGGAGACGCCGAGGACGCGUGUUCCCUGCGCCUCUCCCUGCCCCCUACUAACCCCAGUCCUGUAUUAAUGAUGUAACACUCACAGCCCUUCUUCUCACUGCAGCCGGGCUCUGGACCCUUUCUGUGCCGCGUCUGUGCCGUGUCUGUGUGUGUCUGCUGACUGUGGUCGUUCGUGGAUUUCAUUGUUCCCGUGAACUCUGUGCUUCCUCUCCCAUGCCACCGUCAGCACCUUGUGCCCUCCUGUGACCUCCAUCUCCUCUUGCUCUCUGGAGUCUCCUCUGUCCCUGAGGAGCCCUUAGUCCCCGCUUUCUGGAUUUAGGCUUGAGGGAGAGUUGUACCCAGGGCAGGAGUCCCCAGCGAUCCUGGGGCUGAGAAAGUUCGUACCCUCUUCACUGAUGUUCUUUGUGGACUCUGAGAAGAAGCUUGCUCCAGAUUCCACCAGUUUAGAAGGUCCGUUUGCAGCUGGAGAUUCCGAUUGCCUCCCUGGAGGCGUCUGCCCUCCAGGCCUCCUUUUCCUUUUAGGGUGCCCACUUCAGAGUCCCAAUCCGCCCCACCCUUUACAGAACACCCAGGAAUUCUUGCCUCUGAGGAAUGAGCUCCUCACUUAACUUCUGAGCAAUAUCCCCGUAGGCUUUGGAGCCCUUCUGCCUUCAUCCACCUUCCCUGCUUCUGAGACUUCCAUCUCUAGCCCAGUUCAUCUGACAGAGGACUCCUUCCUUCUCUGAAGCUGGUCUGUGGCAGGAGAUAGCCCAGGGGACAGGCAGCAGGCAGGGUGCCAGUGGCUCUGUCUCUCUGCCACAUGGUGUGGAAUCUGGCAGACUUUACAGUGUCGUGGAGAGGAAUGGAAGGGUUCAGGGGCAGCGGGGCUGCGGGUCAGAGAGCAACAGGGUAUGCACACCCAUGGAUGCAAACGCCUACGGGAGUCAAAGGUCACCAGAGUGGAAACUCACACCAGAGCCUGCCCCACCUGCCCAUUGUGUUCCCUUGGAAACAAACCAAGCCACACUGUGUACUGGGACUGCUGAUCUCUGUCUUGUGAUCUAUUAUCCUCUGACAACAGAAAAGUAAAUAAAUAAAUAAAUAAAUAAAUAAAUAAAUAAAUAAAUAAAUACAGCAUUGUUUCCUA